AUGUCUUGCAACUACGGGAACUGCUACGGCAGCUACGGCUGUGGAUACGGCUCCGGCUACGGCUGCGGAUACGGUUCCGGCUACGGCUGCGGAUACGGCUCCGGCUACGGCUGCGGAUACGGCUCCGGCUACGGCUGUGGAUACGGCUCCGGCUACGGCUGCGGCUCCGGAUACGGCUGCGGAUACGGCUGCAAGAGCUACGGAGGUCUGGGCUGCGGCUAUGGCUACGGCUCCGGCUACGGAUGCGGCGGCUACGGCGGACUGGGCUGUGGCUACGGCUCUGGCUAUGGUUGCUACAGCUACCGCCCAUCCUGCUACAGGAGGUAUUGCUCCUCUUGCUGCUAG